AUGCUAUCCACUGAGCCAUAUUCGCGAAGAAAAUCGUCCACUGAUGAAUUAGAAAAGUCAUUGACACAAUACCAAAGUAAAAUUUUUGAUAACGAACAACAUAGUCGAAAACCAGUUAAGACAUUGAAUGGUAAACAAAAUCAACACGAGAAAUCUCGUGCUAAAAAUCAUAAUAGAAGUAUUUUAAAAAGACACAAUCAAAAUGAAUUAGCUCAUGGUGAUUUUAUUCAACGAGCCAUCCGAGAGGGAUUAGCAAGUGGAAAACAGCGAAAAACAUCAAAUACUUCAAGCACUAAUAAUUCAUAUGACCUAAAUGAAAUAUUCGAAGAUGAAAAUAAUGAUUGGUUUUUUGAAAAACUAUUAGACAAAUUCGAAAGUAUUCGUGGAAAAACAAUUCAUGAAUAUGUGGAAUCUGCAUCCGAUGAUGUUAAUAAUAGCGUUACCUAUGGCCCUGAACGUAUUAUUGAACGACGUUAUUAUAUUAACAAAGCCGCAUCAUUAUCCAAACGUAAUCAGCUAACAUCAACAACUGAUUUAACCAAAUAUCGAGAAAAAACUCGACUAAUAUCAAGAGUAUCAUCACUAACAGCAGCAACGACAUAUUCUCGAGGUUCAACAUCAACACCAGUGUUUCUUGAAAAUCUUCAUCAGCAAUCGGAUUUACUUCGACAUGGAAUAAAUGACUUGCGCAAUGAUAUCGAACAACUUCAAACAUCCCAAGAUCAAUUUUUCCAACAAAUGAAAUCACAAUUUCAAUCGAAUACAAAUACUACGGCAACAUCACAAAGCUUUGUUCAGCCAGCUGUUUUAUCUGGACAACUAUUACCAGAAAACAAGCAAUCACCCAAUCGUACAGUUAUCCCUUCGUCGAAUAGUCAACGAGCUCGUUCAGUUUCAACUGCAUCUGUAGCACCAUCUGCAGCAUCGUCUAGCGAAUAUUCUGAUUUAACACUUAAAAUUGCCAACAAAGCUAAUGUUGCACCGCUAGGUAAACCUGUUGUACCAGCACAGCCUAUUUCUCAAUUUAUUGCAACGAAAAACUCAGCCAUUUCGCCUACACCAUUAGUAAAGGAGCGCCUCAAUUCGAAAGCUUCAUCAACUACGCCAUCACUACGAAUUUCAGAAUUUAUUGCAACAAAAAAUGCAUUCCUCGCACCAUCACCACCACUAAAUUCAGAAGUCACGCCAAAACCUGCAUCAGUCACUCCAUUUGUUCCACCAAAAAAUCAAUCCAAUUCAUUCGUAUCGGAUCAAAAUUCUCGUAGCGAUUCCAAAUCUUCAUCAACUGCACCGACUCCAACAAAUACUAAAGUUAUUGCACGAAAACCUUCCUCAACCGAAUCAGAAUCAGAAUCAUCAGUAGAUAUUCCCGCAGGGCCUGCCAACACAAAACCUACAUCGAUUUCACGAACACCACCAGUAAAUUCAAACAUAACUUCAAAAUCUCCAUCAAUAGCUCCUACACUACCAGCCGUUCCAUCUACUGCAUCAAAAAGUCAAACGAAUUUGCCAACAUUAUAUCAAAAUCCGUGCAAUGAUUCUGAAUCUUCGUCAGUUGCAUCAACUCCAACAAAUACUAAAGUUGCUGCACGAAAACCUUCCUCAACUGAAUCAGAAUCAUCAGUAACUAUUCCUGCAGGACCUGCCAACACAAAACCUACAUCGAUUUCACGAACACCAUCAGUAAAUUCAAACAUAACUUCAAAAUCUCCAUCAGUAAUUUCUACAUUACCAGCCGUUCCAUCUGUUGCAUCAAAAAAUGAAACGAAUUUGCCAACAUCAUAUCAAAAUCCGUGCAGUGUUUCUGGAUCUUUGUCAGCUGCAUCAACUCCAACUAAUAUCAAACUUGUUGCACGAAAAAGUUCCUCAACCGAAUCAGAAUCAGAAUUAUUAGCAGUUAUUCCAACAGGACCUCUCAAUACAAAGCCUCCAUCGGCUCCGCGAACACCACUAGCGAAUAAUUCUUUUGUUUCAAAAUCUCCAUCAAUAACAGCAGCACAACCACUAAAUACUAACGUCACUGCUAGGUCUCCAUCAAUAGAACUAGCACCAUCAAUGACUCAAUUUAUUGCACCGAAAAAUCGAUCAACAGGAUCUACUGGUUCAGCAGUUUUGCCCGUAGUAAUUUCUUCGCCAAUAGCUCCUUCAUCAAUACCAUCGGCGCCUAUACCAAUAUACGAAAAUGAAUUAGCAUAUCGUCAUGCACUUUCACCUCGAUCUCAAAUUGUUGCAUCAUCGACACCAGUUCAUGAGUCAUCUGGUUCAUCAGACGGAUCAACUAGUCCGGAAUUUGUUUCUUCUGUUCCUGCAAAAGCUCCUACAGUUCCUAGAACAACAUUGCAAGAUAAUGAGCUUAAAGCUUUAGCUCAUUAUAGUUCGCAACUUGAAUUAUCCGGCUUUACACCAUCGGUAAAUCCUGUUAUAGCUAAUCCAAACUUUAGUACUACUUUUUGGGAUUCCGUCGAUCAUUUUAUUGCAAACAAUAAAGCAACAAAUUCCGUUACGAGACUACCACCAGUAUCGCGACCCAUUGAUCGAAGUGGAUACAGAUGGAAUAAUAGCGUAAACAAAGUAUUAGAUAAAUAUAAUCUUGAAAUAAAACCCCAAGAAAUUAUUGAAUCGAGUGCACCUCUUCUGAUGCCACCUUUAGACAGUUUGCCGUAA